AAGUGUAGACAAGUGAAAGUGACACUGAGUGUAUCAAGUGUUUAUUUUAAUAAUGAGUUAGUUGUAAAGUGCCGCCAUGUAUCGGCCUAACUUUUACGAGAGCACAUGCUUUCGUUGCAAUGAAAUCGUAUAUCAGGUGGACCGCGUGGGCCCACUCAAAGACUUCACAUUUUUCCACAGCGGUUGCUUCAAGUGUGCAGUAUGCGGCACCAAGUUAACUUUGAAAACAUACUACAACAACCAGCACUGGACGGAGGAUAAGGAAGUGUACUGCUCGAGCCACGUGCCUAAGAUCGGGCCGGGCCAUCUCGACAACUCCUCCGUCGGCAUCCGCAGCGCCCUCAACGUACCGCGCACCAACAAUUACGUCAACGAACAGAUACGCGGACUGGCGCGCAACUCACAUGACAAUGAUUAUAACAUUUCAAGAGGAGAUGUAUACGUGUCACCAACCCGAGCCACAAACGGCGGCAGCGUGCAUGCGUCCCCAGCGCGGGAUGUGUCCCGCGAACCCGACUACCAGUAUGGCCGCUUCGACGCCAGUGCACUGCACAUUGCACACGCACUCAAGCAGACAGAGCUGCAGAAGGCCUACCAUAGGCCUAAAGAGAAACCCAUCGACUGCUAUUUGGAUCGAGAUGAACAAACCAAACUUGAGAUGAAGCACCGGCAAGAGGAAGAUGACUUGUACAGAAAGUUCUCGAAACAUCGCGAAGAGGAAAACAGGAGAAUACGAGAUGAGAUUCAGGACGAAUGGGAACGGGAACUGGAACGGUUAACAUUAAGGUUUCAACAAGAAAUGCAAGUGAAGAAGCGGAGACCGGACUCAGAGAUCGGAGCACUCACGCUACGACACCAGCAGGAGAGAGCGGAUCUCGAAAAGAAUAUGACACUAAGAAGAGAUAAGAAGAAAGAGAGCUUAACGCGAAAGAUGUUGGAACACGAAAGAGCGGCAACCGCAGCGCUAGUGGAGAAGCAGAGCCACGAAAUGAUGGAACUGAUCCAGGAGCGGCGGUCAGAGUAUAUGGCAGCCAGCUCGCUGUACGUGGACGGCGAGGAAGCCCCGCCCUACCCUGCGCGGGCCCCCGCCCCGCAGCCCCCGCUCGUUUCCAAGUUCCACAUAUACACAGACCCCGCGGAGUUCGCGGAUGUCGACAAGAUAGCUAUUUCGGUAGCACAAGAAGACCAGAAGACAUUCACAGACCUGGUGCGGCAGCUGGUGGGGCGAUGCGCCAGCGACGUGGAAAAGGCGCGGACCAUCUUCCGCUGGAUCACCGUCAAAAACCUCAACAACAUUCAGUUUGACGAUAACCUCAAAGGAGACUCACCUCUUGGUCUGCUCAGAGGCAUCAAGCACGGCACAGAAAGUUACCACGUACUUUUUAAGAGAUUGUGCAGCUAUGCCGGUCUACACUGCGUAGUGAUCAAAGGCUACAGUAAAUCGGCGGGAUAUCAGCCUGGCGUGCGCUUCGAGGAUAACCGCUUCCGUAACUCUUGGAACGCGGUGUACGUGGCGGGGGCGUGGCGCUUCGUGCAGUGCAACUGGGGCGCACGGCACCUUGUCAACGCUAAAGACGCGCCGCGCCCCGGCAGCCGCGGCAAACAGGACAGUCUUCGAUACGAGUAUGACGACCACUACUUCCUGACGGACCCGCGGGAGUUCAUCUACGAAUUCUUCCCGCUGCAGCCGGACUGGCAGCUGCUCAAGACGCCUGUCACGUUGCACGACUUCGAAGAGCUACCCUUCGUCCGCUCGCUCUUCUUCCGUUAUGGUCUCUACUUCAGCGACCCCAACACCAAGGCGGUCAUGUACACCGACUCAACAGGUGCGGCGACUAUGCGCAUAGCCAUGCCGGCACACAUGCAGAGCUCCCUCAUCUUCCACUACAACCUCAAGUUCUACGACACCGAAGGCGACGGCUUCGACGGUGUUAGUCUUAAGAGAUUCGUCAUGCAGUCUGUGGUUGGGAACGUGGUAUCAUUCCGCGUGCAUGCGCCAUGCAGCGGAGCAUUUCUGCUGGACAUCUUUGCGAACGCCGUCACGCCGCGAGAGUACCUCACAGGCGAGCCCAUGAAGUUUAAGAGCGUCUGCAAGUUCAAGAUCUGCUGUGCGGAACUCCAAACAGUAAUGGUACCGCUACCGGACUGUGCAAGCGGAGAAUGGGGACCCACCAAAGCUACCAGACUCUUCGGUCUGGUUCCAAUCACACACCAGGAGGCGCUAGUGUUCGCUGGUCGGGAGUUAGAAUUGCAGUUCCGCAUGUCGCGGCCGCUGGCAGACUUCAUGGCGACGCUGCACAAGAAUGGCGUGGACGAGAAGCGUCUCGGCAAGUUUGUGCAGCAGGCGGUCUCAGACGACGUAGUCACCUUCUACAUUACAUUCCCUGAAGAAGGUCAAUACGGUUUGGACAUUUACACGCGAGAACGCGGCAGCUCCUCUGGUCUACAACAGAACGGGUCUACGGAGAAGGAAAAGCAUCUUCUCACGCACUGCUGCAAAUACCUCAUCAAUAGCAGCAAAAGAAAUUGACAAUAACAUGUUAAUAACGUUAAUGCACCACUAAGGGAGUCCCUAACAGUAGCUUUAAUAUGCAAAAUCUACAAUAACGGACUUCUUACUUAGUAGUUGAAAUUAAGGAUAAAGUUUUUCGCAUAAAACGGAACGUUUUCGUUUUCGUGCUCAACUCAGAAAGGA